CCGGGCGCCGCCGCAUCCCCGAAACAACAUUUCCCAGAAGGCUGUGUGCCGGUGUGGACGUACAUCCUCCCGGCGUCCCCCGCGGCGGGAAAGAGCUCCGCGAGCUCGAGCCGCCAACUCUACCAGUUUUCGUCGCCGCUGCUGUUGCUGUGGCCUUCGCUGUCCAGAGAGGAGCUGUCGCGGCCGCCCCUCCUGGCCAUCAUGUCCGCCCAGGCGCAGAUGCGUGCCCUGUUGGACCAGCUCAUGGGCACAGCUCGGGACGGUUCAGUGUAUCUUUGCCUGCCUACAUCAAUCUGCAAGGGAGUUGCAGAAAAGCCUCAUGUUCAUCGAGCCGAGACGAAACCAGACAGAGGGUCAAGUUUACAGAUGACCGUGUUUGCAAGAGUCACCUUCUGGACUGCUGCCCCCAUGACAUCCUGGCUGGCACGCGCAUGGAUUUAGGAGAAUGUACCAAAAUCCACGACUUGGCCCUCCGAGCAGAUUAUGAGAUUGCAAGUAAAGAAAGAGACCUGUUUUUUGAAUUGGAUGCGAUGGAUCACUUGGAGUCCUUUAUUGCAGAGUGUGAUCGGAGAACUGAGCUUGCCAAGAAACGACUGGCAGAAACACAGGAAGAGAUCAGUGCAGAAGUUUCUGCAAAGGCAGAAAAAGUACAUGAGUUGAAUGAAGAAAUAGGAAAACUACUUGCAAAAGCUGAGCAGCUAGGAGCUGAAGGAAAUGUGGAUGAAUCUCAGAAGAUUCUUAUGGAAGUGGAGAAAGUUCGUGCAAAGAAAAAAGAAGCUGAGGAAGAGUAUAGAAAUUCUAUGCCCGCAUCCAGCUUUCAACAGCAAAAGCUGCGUGUCUGUGAGGUCUGCUCAGCCUACCUUGGUCUUCAUGACAAUGACCGCCGUUUGGCAGACCACUUUGGGGGCAAGUUACACUUGGGGUUCAUUCAGAUCCGAGAGAAGCUUGAUCAGUUAAGGAAAACUGUGGCUGAAAAGCAGGAGAAGAGAAAUCAGGAUCGCCUGAGGAGAAGAGAAGAGAGAGAGCGGGAAGAGCGGCUGACUAGGAGGUCUGGAUCAAGAACCAGAGAUCGCAGGAGGUCACGCUCCCGGGAUCGCCGUCGAAGGCGAUCAAGAUCCAACUCCCGAGAGCGACGGAAAUCUUCCCGUUCCCGUUCUCGAGACAGAGAUAGACACCGGCGCCACCGCAGCCGUUCCCGGAGCCAUAGCCGGGGACACCGCCGGCCUUCCAGGGACCGGAAUGUGAAAUACAAGUUCUCCAGAGAGCGCAUGUCGAGAGAGGAGUCCUGGGAGUAUGGGCGCAGCGAUCGAGGGUCCACUGACUGGAGGCUGGAGAGCUCCAACGGGAAGGCUGCUUUGCGGAAGUCAGAGGAGAAGGAAGCCGGCGAGAUCUGAGCCCCUGUCCUGGCACUGUAAAUAGUCUGAGAGAUGUUCAUCAUAGCCUAAAAUCACCCUUUAUAUUUGCUGAAUACAACUCAUCUUUUGUAGUUUAAAUUUCUGUUGUUUGGAGCUAGCUGUGAGUUUCUAGAGUCAUGCAGAGUUGCUCCUAUAUGUUCUGGGGUUCUAUUGCAUAGGAAUAAAUAAACCUGGCAGACUGCCUUCUGACAGCAGAAGUGGGGUCUCUGCUGUCCUCUGCUCCGUGGCGCUUUGCCAGGACUUUGCCAGUGGAGACAAGGACUGGUGCUUCCAACACCUCAGAAAACCUACUGAACUUUCUGGCCAUUUUGACUUCUGGCAUCUGACAUAGGCAACAGCCCUCCCCAUACACAACUUUGAUUGAGCCAAGUACAUGGGCCCACCUGGCCCAUCCCAUAUCCCAGCUACUUCAUCUCUGCCCCUCGGUGCAAAUUAGAGAGCAGCCUUCCUUAGGGAGCAGGGAGAGUGCCACGUUCCUACCCUGGUCUUUACGAAGAGCUGUCUGGUCAGAUUCUAGCUCAGACCAGCUGCACUGCAGUUCCCCUUUGAAAUUACUUGGUGGGGAGAAAAGACCAGUGGAAGCUCCCGACCCAACAGCUAAUAGGUCCUCAGA